AUGAAAACCUUUUCCAUUUGCUGUAAGCGAAACCCUCGAAUACUCCAGGCGUCUGCUUUCGGGUUCGGAACAACUCUGCACUCCCUACAAUGCUUCAACCGUGUUCUUGAGCCGCCAGACGCUACCCCAAGCACACCCCGAUGUCCACAGGUGAUGCAAGAAUCAAAACUCACAAAAAUCUCUAGCAAGUCCCGUCGCAAUUUCUUGCGAAAUAUUCUCCUCAUCCCUGCGAUAGCAGUACCGGCCGUCAACCCAGCCGCUGCGUGGACAUCGUACUUUGACAAAUAUGAUCAGUAUGCGGCAAACUACGACAAUCUCGACGGCACAAACCUCAUUGCUGGUGUCCUCGGUUUUAAUGCCUUGCGCAGACAGCUACUGGAUAGAGCAAAGGGUAAUGUUCUUGAGCUAGGUGUGGGAACAGGGGUGAACCUCCCACUGUACAAUUUCCAACAGGUUUGCUCUGUAACUGGAUUGGACUUGAGUCCACAAAUGCUCUCCCUUGCGAAAAAACGAGCCGCAAAAAUUGAUCGUGGGGCUGCUGACAUCCAGUUUCUAGAGGGACGAGCCGAGGACGUGCAACUGCCGGAUAACACUUUCGACACAAUUGUUGACACCUUCAGUCUCUGCGUGUUUCCAGAGCCGAUCGAGGCACUGCGGGAGAUGAAGCGUCUCCUCAGCUCAUCGCCUGAUGCGCGUGUCCUACUUUUAGAGCACUCGCUUAGCCUCAAUCCUCUGCUUGCUGCGUAUCAGAACCUGACAGCCGAACCCACCGCGGCCAUGUCCAAAGGCUGUUAUCCGAAUCAGAGCGUAGCUGCUAUGGUGCGACAGGUGGGAUUCACAGUACUGAAAGAAGAGCGGCAUCUUUCCGGCACAAUUACAUAUCUUGAGCUUUGCGCGUGA